AUGGGAGGCCCCACCUGCCCUCCACACAGGGGGCCCCUUCACCUGCCCUCCACGCAGGGGCCCCUACCUGCCCUCCACACAGGGGCCCUCCUGCCCUCCACAGGGGCCCCUCACCUGCCCCUCCACACAGGGGCCCUCACUGCCCUCCACACAGGGGGCCCCUCACCUGCCCUCCACACAGGGGUCCCCUCACCUGCCCUCCACACAGGGGUCCCUCACCUGCCCUCCACACAGGGUCCCUCACCUGCCCUCCACACAAGUGGAUCAUCAGGUCAUGGCCGCCAUGUUGAGGACUCUGGACAGAGGACGGCGGAGACUCACUUAGGAUCCUCACAGGAGACCCACACCAGCCAUGACGUCAUCUACGGACGCUCUCAAGGUGAUGAUGACGUCAUCCAGCAAAGUUCUCCCUCUCACGACGUCAGUCACGAACGUCAACAAAUCGAUGGCUUCCUCGGAGGCGGCGUCUUUCGCCCCGUCAUCUCAGCUCUAACUGGAACUUUGAGGAACUUGUGGUUGAAAAGUUCCUCAGACGACGCCACCAAUACUCCCGUAGAACUUGUGGAGUUGGAAGCUUCAAGAGUUGAAGAUAAGGCGUCCAUCUUACCUGAGAGACCAACAGAUAACAGAGAUAAUGUUGAUGACGGCGGAGAUAAAAUAAACAACAUCAUUGGAGGAGCAGCUGAUGGGAGAAGCCGUCAAGAUGUAAACAAACUGUACAAAGGUUCACAAAGUUUGACCCAGAGUGAACCACAAGCUUCGAGCACCACCAUCCUCACACGUGUUCGUCGACAAGAUGGUGGUGAUGGUGAUAGUGGGGAUGAUGGUGGUGGCGAUGGUGGUGAUGGUGAUAGUGGGGAUGAUGGUGGUGGUGAUGGUGAUUAUUAUGUUGAUGAAUAUUACGAAAGUGACUUCGAAGGUGAUGGUGCUUAUGAUUACGAAGAUUAUGAUAGUGAAGAUGAUCCUGGUGAUGGUGAAGGUGAUAGUGACGUUGUUGGUGGUGAAGAUGACUCUAUCGAUGGUGAAAGUGACAUUAGCAAUAACUAUGAUGAGUAUGACGAUUAUUACAACUAUGAUGAUGAUGAUGAUGAUGAAGAUAACGAUGAUGGUGACAAUGAUGGUGAAUAUGACGUGGAUUAUGCUGAAGGUGCAAGUAACAGCUCGAGUAAUAACGAAGGUGAUGAAGGAGGAGAUAGCAUAAUAGACAAGGAAAGUGAAGGAGGGAAUGAAAAUAAUGAUGAAAAUGAAGGCAGUGGAGAUGUAAAUGAUAAUGUUGAUGAUGAUGAUGAUGAAUAUUAUGAAUAUGAUGAUGAAUAUUAUGAUUAUGAUGAUGAAUAUUAUGAAUAUGAUGAUGAAUAUUAUUAUUAUGAUGACGAGGAUGAUAAUGGUGAUAGUGAUGAUGAUGAUAAUGAUGAUGAAUAUAUAACGAGCGGUAAUGAAAUCAAUGAAACUGAAGAUAAUGAAGGAAGUAACAAUAAUGAUAAUAAUGAUGAAGUCAGCAACAAUGAAAAUAAUGAAGUUAGCAACAAUGAAAAUAAUGAUGAUGAUGAUGAUUAUUACGUUUAUGACUACGAAUAUUAUUAUGAUGAUUAUGAUGACACAGACACCACCGAAGAUGAUAAUGAAAAUGGUGAUGAAGAAGAAGAAUUAGAAACAAGCGAACAAGAAGAAGGAGGAGGAGGAGGAGGAGGAGGAGGCGAGGAAAAUGACCAAGGAGACGAAAUAACAACAGAGAAAAAUGAAGGAAUAACAGGGAAUGACACUAACUAUGACAAUAUAGCAGAUAAUGACAAUAACAAUGAGAAUAAUGAAGUUAAUUAUGGCAGUCCUUAUAACGAGGUUGUAAAUCCUAAUAAUAACUCUAAUAAUGAGGUUGAAGUAAAUAGUCAAGUUAAUGGUAAUGGUGUGGUCUACGUACCAAUUAUUCUCCCUUCAGGAUACACAACACCUGCACCGCCUUCUACAGGAAUCAACGUUAAUGGAUUAGGCACUGUACUUACCACAGGUCAAGUGCCACAAGGCGUUCAGGUCACCCCAAGUGCUGACGGAAACACCGCUAACAAGAUCCCGCCAGGCCUCAGGUGGGUGGAUGUGAAGGACUCUAUCGUGGACAGGGCCGCCAGGAAGAAGUGGCGUAAAAUCUUCCUCUCCGUCAGGAACCUUCGUCAGGAGGAGAUGUUGAGGACUCAGGUGCUAUCCCCGAGCCCGAGUGUCAUUGCUGUAGACUUGGCACUGCCCUCAGCCGUGACCUUGACCUCGACACGAGACGCCAUAAGUAGGAUGCCCAUCAAUGACCUACAGAGUACUCGGAGGCGCCUCAGACAGCUGCUGACACAAGUCCGCAUGAGUCAGGAGAACAUGAGGUUGAAGGUGUCAGGAGGGCUGACGUCUGCCCCAGCAGGAGUGAUGUUGGUCACGGCCACAGACGGCACUCAGCUCGUCACUAUCCCCAACACACUCAGGUGGAACCACGUCAAGAACUCCUUCGCCAGCCCUCAAGAGCAGAACAUGUGGAAGCAAUUAUUUGAGAGUCGUGAUGCCAACAAGAGGCUGAUGCAGGGCAACUUGUCAGAGAUCAGGCAGAGCAUCUGGGCCGUGACUGACAAGAUCUCACAAACAUCACUGGCAGAGAGAGGACUCGAGUCAGGGAGUAAAGGAAACAACAAGAGAAGAAGGAACAAUAACAGAAGGGUUACAUCAGGUGGUAAUAAGAAGAGAAGAAAGAAGAACAACGGAAGAAACAUAUUAUUAUACCCUAACAAAAACAGGAAUAGAAAGAAUAAGAAGAAAUCAAACAAUUUAACCACAACAAGGAAUAACAAAUCAAGGAAACGUAAGAAACAGAAAGCUAAACGUCGUAGAAGGAAGAAUAAGAAGAAAGACAAGAAUAAGAAUAAGAAGAAAGACAAGAAUAAGAAUAACAAGAGAAGACAGAAUGACAGAAUGAUGGUGUUUCCCGAGACGAAUAAAACCGAAGUCAACAACAACAACAACUCCAAUAAUAUCCUGAAGACAAAGAGAGAAAGUGACAUAAAUAAAAUGAAUGAACAAGAAAAACUGAAGAAGAAGAUAAACAAAUUGAUGAAGAAAGUACUAAAGUCUAACAAGAAGAAGAAGAUGAGGAAGAAACUGAAGAAAACGGUGAAUGGCAAAGUGAAGAUAAACAGAAGAAAGAAGAAUAAACGUCAGAAGAACAGUGAGAAGAAAAAGAAGAAGAGGAAGAGGAAGAACAUCAAGAACCAAACUGGAAACAAGGAAAAAAACAAUAAGAAAAAGGAGAAGAAAACGAAAGAAAAUGAGAACCUGGUGAAAGAGAGAAACAAAAACCUAUCGAAGGAGAUGAAUCAAAACAAAAACUUCAAUAAACAAGAGAAUAGAGAGAAUCCCCAAAAGCGAAAGACGAAAGAAUUGAAAAAAGUUCUUGAACCAUUUAAGAAAAUAAGGAAGAAGAAUCCGAGGAUAAUGAAAAAGAUGAAUAAAGAUGAAAAGAAAGAAAAUAAGAAGAUGGUGGCACUGAAUAAGGCAAGCAAGAAAAGUGAUAAACAAAGCAUCGAUGUAAACGAAAGCAAUAAGGAGGAAAAGAAGAAAUUGACAAAGAAGAAAAAAAUGAAGAUGAAGGGGAAGAAGAAGAAAAUUAAUAAGAAAGAAAUGAAGAAGAUGAAGAAAUGUAGUGAAAACUUUAUUUAA